ACUAGUACAGUACUACACAGUAUAUACACAUACUACACAGUUACACACACAGGCUGCUCUGCAGUAAAGUAAGAAUGGCGCUCGUCCAUGAAACCGAAGAAGUGAGCUCUCAUGAGGACAUGGUCGGAGCAUUCGCCCUACUCUACCACCACGUUUUCAGCUUCAUCAAGCCGAUGGCGCUCAAGUGCGUCGUGGAUCUCGGCAUCCCCGACGCCAUCCACCGCCGUGGUGGUGCGGCCACCCUCUCCUGCAUCGCCGCCGACACGGGGGUGCAUGCGACCAGGAUCCCCGAUCUCCGGUGCCUGAUGAAGCUGCUAACCACGUCCGGCCUGUUCGGCGCCGCCACCACCGCGGACGGCGAGGUCGUGUACACGCUCACCGCAGCAUCAAGCCUCGUCGUCGGCCCGCGUGGCCUGUCCAACAUUGUGCGCUUCGAGGCCGGCCCUGUCUCGGUGACCCCGUUCUUCGACAUGCCCGCGUGGCUCAGGACCGCGCCUGCGCCGGACGCCCCGAAGUCGCUCUUCGAGCUGACGCACGGCCGCUCCAGGUGGGACCCCGCGAACGCCGACGACGACACGAUGAACGACGCGGCUUUCGCCGAGAGCCAGCUCCUGAUCGAGGCCGUUCUUAGCGACCACGGCGACGUCUUCCACGGCCUGACCUCGCUGGUUGACGUCGGCGGGGGCCACGGCUCGUUCGCGAAGGCCGUCGCCACGGCGUUCCCGAACAUCAAGUGCGCCGUGAUGGAUCUCCCCCACGUCGUCGCAGACGCUCCCAUAGCUGAUGGCAGCGUGCAGUUCAUCGCCGGCAACAUGUUCGAGUCUAUUCCACCAGCAGAUGCUGUUUUACUCAAGUAUGUCCUGCAUUGUUGGGGCGAGGACGAUUGUGUCAAGAUCCUCAGACGUUGCAAGGAUGCAAUCCCUGCGAGAGAUGCUGGAGGCAAGGUGAUAAUCACGGAGAUGGUGCUGGGGUCUGGACCGCGUGACAGGAACGUCGCCGAGACCGAAGAGAUGCAUAGCUUGUUCCUCACGUGUAUUAGCGGCGUGGGGCGAGAGGAGCACGAGUGGAAGAAGAUCUUCUCCGAUGCUGGAUUCAGCGACUACAAAAUUAUGCCGGUGAUGGGCCCUAUUUCGGUUAUUGAGGUCUACCCUUAACGACGACGAAAUUCACGUAUGUUGUACUAGAAACCUAGCUAGCUCUUUUGAGCGCAUGUAAUUGACGUUAUUUUUCCCCAUUUCCUAUUUCGAAGUGUUGUACAAGUGCGAGUUCGUCGACGAGCUUUCUUGUCUUUGCA